AUGCCUGAUCAUUCCCUACGUUCGUCAUCCUGGAAUCGAAGCCAACUUGAAAGCAAAAGACUUGGGACCGGCCCGAACCCCGAGCUAGCAAGCGAUCUCUACCUAUAUUUGACCCAAAAAGAAGAAUUCACGUCGUCCGCCAAGCGGCAGGCACUCGUCCGCAGAAUUCGAGAAGCAUUGAUCAAAUGUGUCUCGAUUGUGGGAUGCUGCAAGCCGAUUGAGUGUAUCAUUGCGAUCAGCCAGGUGGAGCAGGAGCCGGAUAAAGAUUACACCAUGACCCGCGAGAAGUGGCAAUGCGACGCACAGAACCACGAGAAUGCCACAAGAUGGUUCCGCUCGGUCUACGGUCGCGACGAAAGGUCCACGUUAAGCCUCUUCGAUGCGCACAAAGACUUCCAAUGGCUUUCCACCGAGAUCACCUACGGCCUGUAUCUCUCGGACCGGACCGUCCUGAAUGACGUCGAAACCGAGAUUGUCGUGCCGGCGAGCAUCAUGAUUCAGAAUUUGAAAAUCGAACCCCAUUGGCAUAGUCGGGGUGCCAGACGGGUUGGCAUCUCAAAACAUGAUACAGAGGUGUUUUGGAGCUGUAUCCAGGAGGUCGCCCGGUAUUUCCGGCUGGAUCUACCCCGAGUGCCCACUGUUGCCGAAGUCGAGCCUGACGUCUAA